CCCUGCCCUGCCCACUCACAAACCAAAAGAGUCAGUCAGUCCGUCACAUCAUUCGACAGAUCGAUCAACGAACACACACACGGGUCAGCCCUUCCUCCCUCCCAUUCACUGCGCAGCACUGAUGCUCUGCGUGUGGCUGCCGCCAUCCAGAUCCACCCAUCCGCCAUCAUCGCCCCCACCACUACCGCCUUCCUGUGCACCACUCAGGCGCAGCGGUAGUAUCGCCUUGGUGUGGUUCCAAGGCCCCCCCGUCACCUCACUGCUAAUGCUGCUGCUGCUGCCAAUGGUGGGAUGAUGCACCUGCAUACGGAGUGGGGGGAAAGAUACACAGCAUACGUGGCUAUACUGCUGUCCGUUGCGGUGACUUACCGCCCCGCCUGUGGUGGGUCGUGGGUGUCCCUCUGUGUCGUCAUAGAACUCAAUGGCAUCACGUGAGUCGAUGCCCAGCUGCCGACACAGCUCCUACACACACACAGCAGCACAGCACAGCACAGCACAUAGAGCGAUGAUCUGGCUCCCUUGCUACCGUCUAGCUACAUGGUAGACUGCACAGACACCAGCGUAGGUACCUCAAGGUGCUGGUGCUUGGCCCAUGACUUGAGCUCAUUUCUCCUGACGCUCACCAGCAGUGACAGCUUCUCCAUCGCCCACUCCUCGCGGAAGUGCUGCGUGACGAACAACCGCAGCACGCUCACCAGGUCGUCGGCACUCAAGUCGCCCGCCCGCUGCACCAGCGACCUGCAGAGGUCCCUCGGGGCCGCCAGGUCGAGUGCAGUGACGGCCUGCAGCGCCCUUGCCAUCUGCUUGGCGGUCCCCUCCCCCCUCUCCCUCUCCUCGACCCCAUGGCCAUCAGGGUAGGGGUAGAAGAAGUUCCGUACCAGCUCGCCGCCCAGCUGGGCCACCAGCUCUUCCAUCGUCCUCCUCUCGUGGCCGCAGAGGCCGAUGCGGCCCUUGGGGUCACUCCAGUGCAUCUGGAGGGCACGAAGCGCGGCCGUCGUGGCGUCGAGAGAGAGGUACUCGCACACCAGGGGAGUGUCUGUGUCGGUGUCUGCGUGGGUGGGGUGGCCUGUGUGGGGAGAGGGGGAGGGAGUGAGGAGGUGGGCGGCGAUCUCGCGGUAGAGGUCUUCGCAUUCGGCUGGGGUGAGGGCGUCUUGUUGCUCUCCGUCUUCCUCGUCAGCUGUGGCCUGGUCGCGGGCCUUGAUGACCUCAAUCAUCAACGCAGGCAGCAGCUCGGCACGACACGCUGACACCACACACACACACACACACACGCAGAGAGAGAGAGAGAGAGGGAGAGAGAGGGAGAGAUCACACAGAAAGAUCUCGCACACCGACAGCAAGGUCACCUGUGACAUGUGGCCUCAAUUGUCGCUGCCACUGGGGUCUGGCAGAGUCGGCCGGGAAGGAGCAGAUCGCCUGCACCAAUGCGUCUGCGGGCGCCUCGGGCAAGAUCCGCAUCAAGCCCCCAUAGGUAGCACAGGCGCUCUCCCUAUCCAGCAACACAUCGCUCUCGCCACCCUCCCCGCCUCCUUGGCUGCUGGCGGCCGCCGACUCCAGCAACGACGGCUCCUCUUGGACAAUGCGUCUGCCGAUCUCAGUGCCCUCAGCUGGUGGGGGCGCCUCGACACGCAUCGGCCGAUCCUUCACCGUGACUUUCGUCUCGUCAGGUGCAAAGGACGCCUCGUUGCCGUCACCUCUGUUCCUCUUGUCGCCACCCUCUCUCUCCCAGGCAAACUCCACCUGCUGCGGGGCCUUGCGGACGGUGUGCUGCUGCUGCUUCCUCGCCGGUAGCUCGCCCCACAUGUCGGAUUUUGGCUCCUCAGAUGCCGCAUCUUGCUCCGGCUCCUUCUUUAGGUGGGGCACCGGCCAUGUGCCCCUCGGCUGCUGGUUACCAUGCUCGCCCCACGCACCCCUCCCUGGCCCACCGCCGGCGUGGUAGAGGUCCGGCCGCUUCAGCCGUCGCGGCUUGGUGCCACCAGACGCCAGCGAGCUGUCUGGUGGGUAGACGAGGAAGUCGGCCGUGGCGUCGGAGAAUGUGUUGCACUGGUCGACGAGACCUGCCUCUUCCGACUUGUACUGACGGAUGGGGCGCGGAGAGGGCUGCAAGGGAGACGGCGGCUCAGUGGCGGGGGCGGGGGCGGGUGGGAUUGGGAUGGGCGUCUUGGGAAGGAGGGGUGGGUCACCCGCCUCCACUGCUGACAGCCACGAAUCUGCCAAGAAGCAUCCGUAGACAUGCACCGACCGAUUCAUGGUGAGUGUCUGGCUGUCUUCCGUGUGUGAGCCUGUGUAAGUAACCUUCAUCUGGAAACAUGCCUUUGACCACUUUAUCGACAACAAGCCAUCCAGCAGGGGCCAUCGCACCCCUAACACCCUCGCCAUCGUCUCCCAGCCGCUUCACAGACGGCACCACCCCCUCCCCCACCACACACACCCCUCGCCCCUCGUCGCUCCCUCCUUCCUUCAUCCUCACCCACGCCCAAGGGUCAUAGUUCACCCGAUGCAGCCCGAGUGCGCGCAGACACCGCACCACGCCGGCCUUGAAGUCCAGCGCCGCACAUGCCAAGAUGCAUCGGAGGAAGAGCGUGUCGUCCAUCUGUGUGCGGUCGGCGAGGGCGUCCCCGAGGUAGGUGGACGCGGGUGAUGAGAAGGACUGCAUGAUGGCCGUAGUCAUGAAGGCGUCGGGGUUGCCGCUGGCAGCGUAGCUCUCCAGCAUGCCGACCCGCUCCUCGAUGAGGGUGGACCGCAGUUUGUGCGGCACGGCGGUGGCGGCCGUCUCCUCCAGAAGGGUGUCGCGAUACCCAGCCGUCUGAAGCGCUUGCAGGAUCUGACAGACAACCGUCCAUCCGUCCGUCCCCCCAUGUGAAGUGAAGCAUCAGCCCGGCCCAUUCAUUGGUGCGCUCACUGCACUCACUGACCUGUCCAAUUUCCUUUGGUUUGAGGUGUCUGGGUGCCCGUAUGACCAUGAACGACAGCCGGCGGUAGAAGUUGAAAGCGCGGUGUCGCAUGCGGCUGAAUGAUGACAGCAGGGAGGGAAUGUGGUCGAGUGGGAGCUCCAGCAGACGGGUGGCGAGGUGCUCCUCCAGCGUCAUGGCCAGGUCCCGCUGGUGACACCCCAGGCGAGAUAGGGACUCGGCUAUCGCCACCACCUGACACACACGGACAGGGAUCAUGGUGUGUGAGGAUGGUGUGGUGUGGUGAGAAGGUUUGGUCACACACAUCAUCCCUACCUCUGGCACUGAGAAGUGUAGGAUUCCGAGCUUGACCUCCUCCGCAAUGACAUUGACGAGCGCCUCAUCGACGAUGUUGAGCCGACUGAAGGCCCAGGCCACCUGACACAGCUCCUGCACACACACACACACACACACACAUGCCCGCCCCCGCGACACACAAUGCAGUCAGUGCAGAAGAACUGUUGUCUGUCUGUCUGUCUGUCUGUCAUCUUUUUCCCCCCCACACACAGACCUGUGGCGGGUAGGUGUUUGACUUGUCGAUGACCUCUCUGGCGACGGCGUCGAAUAGGUGCUUGCGGUAGAUGUCCACCUUGGCGUAGUGGAAGGCCACCGAUGCCACACCCUUGGCAGCCAUGUGGGGCAGUCGAUGGAGCAGUUCCUGGGCCAGCACAUCGAAGAGCGGCUCAUGGCGGAUCCCCAGCCGCCCAUAUCCCGCCACAAUCACGGCCAUGUCGGUGUGCGUCAGCUCCGUAGCCUUCAGAGCAAUGUACUUGGACAGGACGUUGAACAGCUUUGGGUCUGCAUGGCUGCCCUUGGAGAAACCGAUGACGGCACGCGCGAGUUCCUUGGUCUUGAGUGACGAGGCGAGGUCCAUGAGUGCAGUGGAGCAGCGCUUCCAGAAGUUGCGGUUGGAGAGAGUGAGCUGGCCGGCGGUUUCGAUGGUGUCGAUGAGUUGCCCGGCCUCCAUGUGGUGGAUGGGGGUGCGGACGAACGUCUGGUAGGGGAUGCGCUGGGGGUUGACGGUCUGCUCGUACUUGUCAUACUCCGACAGACGCUCCCGCUUCUUGGCGAAAGAUCUCCCCUGAUGCUUCACAGAUGCGGCUGCGGGCAAUGAGUUUCUCAAGGCAGGCGGCCUUGCAAAGGCCCUGUUUGGCAGCAUCUUCCUUGAGUUGAGCCAAGCUUGCAGGUGGAAUCCAUGAAACUGCUCACCCGGCUUGUUGAGAAACCAAUUAGACUAUAGCCGAGGUUAUCCAUCUGCAGGCCGACAGAUCA